CGAUGUAGAACAAAAUAUUUUAUUCAUGGAAUUACCACGUGUAAAUACCUUCCGGUUUCAUUCUAGGAAAGAAAACAGAAACAAAAUAUUUGAGUGUCGUACAUUUCAGGCCUGGAUUAAAACAAGAUAUGGGUUCUAGUGAUACGCUGGGUGUGGUAUGCGCUUUAUGUUGUUUUGUUUUCCCGCCAUUUAUCCUGCAGUCUGUCGGUCUAUUUACACCAAACUGGGUCAAGACCUCAGACUGCGAUAGCAUAGGCCUUGUAUAUAGUUGCUGCUCCGGGGAUAACAAUGACACGUGCAAAAAUACAAAUGGCGGUGACGAACUAGACGCACGAGUCCUUGGCCUUGAGGCAACGGCAUUUGCUGUUAUGUUCUUGGCAAUAUUUGGGACUAGCUAUGAAUCCUGCUGCAGCGGUGACGACGAGGACACGGGCUGGUGUGGCCUCAUAGGUGGAUGUUGUUUAAUAAUGUUUCCGGUUGCAGGAUUGUUCAGUUUCAUCGGAUGCAUGAUCAUUGCCGGAAGUUAUUCCACGUCUGAGCUUGGUUGGUCAUUUUACCUCUGCCUCACUUCCGGUUGUCUGAUUAUCAUCCUGACUGUAUGCCUUUGUUAUUGUUUCUGCAAGGUUCUCAAGAAUGACGACGACGACGACGGACCAAGACAACAAUCAUCCGGUGGAAUGGUUCCGUACGAGGGUUCUGGAGGUGUGGCUCCUUAUGCAGGGGGACAAAGUGGUGUGGCUGUGGCUCAGGUGGAGCAGAGAGCAGUCGUUCAUGACCCAGAAAGUGGAGGUUUUCUUGUUGUUAUGAGAAAAUUUACGAUCGCGCACAUCGUUCAUAACCUCCAAGAAAAUUAAGAUGUGCCUAACAAUUUGGUCCUAUGAUUUAAGUGUGCCUAACAAUAUGUCUUUAAAUUAGAUUGUUUCUAGCACAUGAUACUGUUAUUACAAUGAUGGACAAUUUACUUCUUAUAUAGUACACCUAUGACUGCUCACAAUGUAUAUAUAACAUAUUCUUAUUUUUUAUGCUAUAUGGUUUAUUUAUGUCAUAUAUAUAUAAGUACCAA